CGUCAAGAUCCAUCCCUCCCUCCAGUAGACAGAGAAGGGGAAGACAAAAACCUGAUUAUCCCCCCAAUCAUCCAAUGUACAGAGCAUUAUUAUCUAAGACACCAUCUCCAAACGCCCGCCGGCCCCUGUGGAGAUCCAGAUCCCGACCCGGCCAGCGUGGGAUGUUGGCUCCGCUCCAUCUGUGUGCCGACGUUGCCCACCCCGGCCGACACCGGCUCCAGGCCAGAAUUGACGGGCGCACCGGGCGUGGCAACUGCGCCAGAGAAGCAGGUACAGUGCUCUUAAGGAACAAUUCGCUCUCUAGGCUCUCUAGGUUGUCUGAAGUCUGGACGCGCCGGCGCUUCUCCAGCCAGCCGCAUGACUCCAGGCGUCUGGCCCUGCACGGCCUGCACCACACUCUUACGUACGAUGCGGCCGCUGAGGUGCCCACCGCCAUUACGUACGAACCGGGAGCGCAGUCGAGGUCAUCGAAGCAGCCUGCGCCGCCGGCGACAACCCAAACGUCCUGGCUGGGCGGCUCCGGCAACGUCCAAUCCAAUGGAUCUUGCCAUCCUGCCGCGGUUUGCCUUUAGGCCGAGAGCAUCUCAGCACACCGCCGGCGCCAUCAUCUCAAAUCGCUGUCAUCACCGUCAUUCUCGUCUUACAUGGUGGCCAAGUGAAGUUUUACCCAGAUGAUGCCACGUGAUGACAACUUCAGGCGGUGGCGCUGUGGCUGAGGCUCUGGGUGGUUCCUCCCAGUUGCCAC